AUGGCAAACACGGCGGCGGCGACGACGGAUGAGAAACCCCCGAUGCAGCAAUCGGAGGAGAACCCACCACCUCCACAUUCUGCCGAGAAUCCGCAUGUUUCCCAGUCCUCUGAAACCCUGACCCUGAAUGAUGUCCCCGACUCACAAGACAGCGAUUCAAAUCAAGAAGAUCUAACAAGCGCAGCGCCCAUGAUUUCGUUCUCUCCCACAUCGGCCUCCUCUGCCCGCCGCCUCCUCGUCGGCGGAGGCGGCGGUUCGAAGCGCAACAGGAGCAAGCGACUAAUUGCGUCUAGGUUGAAGAAGAUUCAGAAGAAGCUCGAGGCUCUCAACGAAAACCUCAAACCCAUUCCAUUCAAGCCCGCGAAAGAUCUCGACUUUGAUUCUCACGAGGAGCUUCUCAAGCGGCUUGGCCUGUGGGACUUCGUCAAGCUCCGGUUCGACGCCGACAUUCGCUUUGAUCUCGUGGCGCAGUUGAUCGCCAGUUACGAUGCGCAGCAGCGCGGUAGCUACGUCAACGAGGCUCGGGUCAAGGUCAGCCGUCCCGAUUUGGCUCGCGCGCUCAAGCUGCCGAUCAAGAAGGACAAGGUUUCGUCGUCGGAGACUUCCGCCGGGGAGGCGAAAGAGAACGAAGAAGCGAUUGCGUUCGUCGACGAAUUGGUCUCGACUUGGAUGCUGUUGCACGACGACGAUACGUGGUUGAUGCCGUUGGAGAUUCACAAUAUGACUAGAAUGAUUAAAGAUGGCAACUUUGAGAGAUUGGAUUGGGCUGGGUUGAUUUGGUAUAUGGUUGAGAAGGAGUUGUCUGCUGCUCCGAAUCUAGGUAACUGUUACUAUGCCUCGCACUUACAGUGUUUGAUUAAAUCCCAGAAAGAAAAUAUGUUGAAGGAAGAAGAAGAAGCUUCUUCUCGGAAGGAGAUUGAUUUUAAGGAAGAGUUGAUACAAGAGGAGGAAGAAGGAGAUGAAGAUGAGGAGGUGGUUGUGAAAACCAGUGAGGAAGUGGAUCGUGUCGCGGUGGUGGCUAAGGCUGAAGAGGGUAGCAUUGAAUUGAGCUUGGGAGGUAUGGAUAAUGCUACUGCUGGGGAAGAUGGUGGAGCUAAAGAUAAAUAUGGUGGCAAGGACAAUGUUGUGCCACAACAAGAACAGGUGGCAAUGGUGUUUGAGGAGAGUAAAGUGGUAGUUGAAGAAGAACAUGGCCAGUGGUUGAAUGGCAGUGUGAAUGAGAAUUUUCUACAGCAUUAUAGCCUUGUGAAAGCUGAAGAUGGCAUGGAAUGUGAAGUGGAGAGGAAGCUAGAAGUGGAAGUAGAUGAUGAUGCAAUGGAAGAACCAGAGCAAGGGGAAGAGGUCGAUGAUGAGGAGUCGGUUGAAGAAAUGGAUUUCUACCGUGCACCCCAAGAGCAUGAUGCAUUGGGUAGUUUAGCUUCUAAGAAUCUUCUUGGAUCUAUGGAAUUAGCACAAGCUCCCCUCAUCCCAGAUAUGCAGCAGCUUCAUGCUGACCUCUCUUCGGGGGAAUUUCUUGCAGCAUCUAGGAUUGAUAUAGAGGCUAACCCUGGCAAUUCCUCGCAUUAUGGUGCUGGGAAUGAUCUUAAGAGAGACAUUAGGCAUCUUGAUGAUGGCAACAACGAUGACGAUAUCCCUCAUCAUGCGUUUGACAAGAGAAUGAGGACUGAUGAUGCGCCAUGGGAGGGGAAGAAUUCUUCGGAAACUGGCAUGUGCAUUGGACAAAUACAGCAUUGGUUGGAAAAGCUGAGGGUUGCCCAAAAGCAAAAAGACCAGCUGUAUCAGGAGCAGAGUUUGAACCAGCAGAUGUUAAUUAAUGAGUUGGAACGACGUGAUGACACAAUCCAACUCCUGCACAAAAUGAGGUAUGAGGAGCAACAGAAGAGCCAGGCUGAAGUUUAUAAGCUCGAGCGUGAAUUGUGUAUGAUGGGCGAUCUUUUGGAAGGGUAUAGAAGGGCUUUGAAGGAGACGCAUAGAGCAUUUUCUGAAUACAGAGCAAAAUUUCCAUCGCAUGAAGAACCACUCUACAAGGAUGCUGGCCCUGGUGGUCUUGUUUUGACUGCCGCCGAACUGGAGAAGCAAAGAAUGAUGGAAGAGGAAGAAGAAAGGUUGGCGCGUUUGUUAAUUGAGAAGAAGCUUAAAGAAUUUGAGGAGGAAUGGGUUGACAAGUUUGAAGGAUAUAGAGUCGGGAUUGAACUGUUGGGAGAUAGGUUGUUGGGUGGCGAGAAGAAUGUCAAGCUUUUGAUGGAAAUGCAUUUGAAGGAGCAGAAGGCCCCUCAGAUUUCUGAAUCCACUCCGACCGAGUAG